CGGCAGACUGACACCCAAUUGAUAUGUUUAUCAGUUGGAGAAAUUCCAAAACCAAGAUGGUGAGCUUGACAACGAUUGUGGCUACUGGCCUGCUUCAAGUGCUGGGCAUAUCCUUUUUUGUGGCCCAGCCGAAGGAUCAGUGCUCGCCGGCCCCCCCAAUUGGAAGCUGUAUAUUUCUGAUGGCCAUUCUCCUGCUGUUUUGGGACUCUGAUAUGAUUCCCAGGAAAUUGAAGAAAUAUUCACCAAGGAUUUUGGCUUGCGGCGAUCUUAUAUUAACGAUCUUCUUCACCGAAAUAAUUCUACUGAUUGGGUGGUGUGGAUUCGAAAGGAUUACCCAUAGGACAGUGAUGAUUCUGUGCCACGGAAGGAUGUGGUGCCUUUACGGGCUGAUGACUUUUACCACUAUUUUGGGUGCCAUUGCAUCGCUGGGCAUUGUGAUUGAGGUGGUGUGUCCUGCCCAGAUGAAGGUUUCGGUGGCUAAGGUCCUUUCCGGACUGCCCAUUCCCCAGGGAACCGGACCCCUGUUCGAUUACAUUGAGGAUGUGCGCACCUACGUGAUGGGCUUCAUCUACUUUUCGCAACUGACUCGUGAGGAGCGCUUGCUAUCAGUUCGCGCCUUUGAGAUGCAAGUGCUGCGUUCGAAGGCCUCGCAGAUGGAGGUGCCGGAUGAAUCUCCUGGCCAGCAGGAAAAUCAAGUGGACGGGGAAGAACCGGAAGAUGAGAAUCAACAGCCACCGGAACCGGAGAUCGUCCAGGAGAUGUCCCCGUGAAUUGUUUAUUAUUUAUACAAAUUUAUGCCAACAGCUGU